UCAUUAUUUCCCCAAAAAAAAUAAAAAAUAAAAAGUAGAAAACUUUCUGCCUCAUUUUCCCACUGACCCGCUUCUUUUGCCUUAGUUGUGUAUCCUUUACACUGAUUUCAUUAUUUUUCAUAUCUCUUCCACUUGGUUUCCCUCCUUUUAACCCUUUCACACCCUUUCUUUGACCAAUCUCUUUCUCUCUCUAUUUAAACCCAUCCUAUAAAUUACUUCUUCUUGUCUCUGACUCUUUGUGUGUCUCAAAUAUUCAGUGAGCUUUUGGGAUUUCUGUGUGUUUUUGUGAAAGAUGGAGAAUCAGAAAGGAAGUAAUGAUGGUAAAAUAGAUGGGUUGGAAAGCAGAGGGAGGGAAGUGAUGGUGGCAAACCAGAGAACAACUGGGACUUGUGAGUCACUUCUAAGGAUUUUAGCCUUGGCACUAACUUUGGCAGCUGCUAUAGUUCUUGGGGUUAAUAAGCAAAGCAAAGUUGUUCCAAUUAAGCUUGUGGAAGGUCUUCCACCUCUUAAUGUUUCAGUCCCUGCAAAGUGGCAUUACUUGUCUGCCUUUGUGUACUUUGUGGUGGUUAAUGCAGUAGCAAGUGCAUAUGCAGCAGUUUCACUAGUUCUUUCACUUGCAAACCGUGGAGGAAAAAGCAGCUCAUCAUCAUCAAGGUUGGUGGUGAUCUUCCUUGAUGUGAUAAUGGUGUCGUUGCUCUUCUCGAGUAUCGGAGCUGCAGGUGCUAUAGGACUCAUGGGGCGUGAAGGAAACAAACAUGUGCAAUGGAAGAAAGUCUGCAACACAUUUGGAAAGUUUUGUGGGCAAGCAGCAGUUGCAGUUAUACUGUCGUUGUUGGGAUCAAUUGCAUUUGUGUUCCUUGUUAUGCUUUCAGCUAGGUCACUUCACAAGAAAAUUACCAAGUAGUAAAAAAUAGAUAGAUAAAAAUGAUCUACUCUUCUUGUCUUACAAAAUCCCUGUAGAACAACUUUUUCACUUUUCUUACUCUGUUCUGGUUCUGUUUUGGUGAACUGCUUCAGUAAAUGUCAAGUAGGGUUUCCUUUCAGAAGUCGGUUGUGGUUGAUUUUCUUUUGUUGCUUAUUCAUUUAUGUAGAAAUUUGGGUAUCAUGAAUGUUUAAAAGUUUCUUAUUGGUUUUA